GACUUGUGUUUUUUCUUUUCCGACAAGAUAAAGCUGCUUACAGCAGCAAAAGAGAGAUAUAUACUACUUUAGAAACUAAAGAAGAAAUAGACGAAAACCGUUGAAGAUCAAUUGCUUUACGGGGGAAAUGGUAGCUGCUUUGUCAUCCUGGCCUUGGGACAACUUGGGCAUUUAUAAGUAUCUGCUAUAUGGACCUCUUCUUGCCAAAGUGCUGUAUACGAGGAUUCUAGAGGGCUCCUUCAAGGAUGAUUGGUGCCUCCACAUAUUGAUUAUAUGUGUUGCGAGAUCAUCUCUUCAUCAAUUGUGGAGUAGUUACGUUAACAUGCUUUUCCUGACAUGUAAUCGCCGGAUUAAUCAACACGGCUAUGAUUUCAAGCAGAUAGACAAAGAGUGGGAUUGGGAUAACUUCAUACUUCUUCAAGCUCUCAUUGCAUCCAUGGCAUGUUACAUCGACCAACCAUUUAUUGAAAAUGUUCCUCUAUGGAACGCAGAAGGUUUUAUUAUCAUUUUGUCACUCCAUGUGGGAGUUUCAGAGCCCCUAUACUAUUGGGUGCAUAGAUGCUUUCAUAAAAGCUAUCUCUUUAAUCAGUACCAUUCAAUCCACCACUCUGCUCCAGUACUACACCCUUUUACAGGUGCAACUGCAACUUUUUUGGAGCAUCUUGCUCUAACUACAGUCGUUGGACUUCCAAUAAUUGGGUCUUGUAUGCUGGGAAAUGGAUCAAGAAUCAUGAUUUAUGGGUAUCUCUUGGUGUUCGAUUUUCUUAGAUGCUUGGGGCAUUGCAAUGUGGAAGUUGUUCCUCAUCAAUUGUUUGACACUCUUCCCUCUCUUAGAUAUCUUCUCUACACUCCAACAUACCACAGCCUCCACCACACAGACAGGGGCACCAACUUCUGCCUGUUUAUGCCAUUCUUUGAUGCAAUAUGGAAGACACUUAAUAGUAACUCGUGGGAACUACACAAGAAAACAAGCACGAAUGCAGGAAAAUACAGGAGGAAAAUACCUGAUUUCGUUUUCUUAGCUCAUGUGGUGGAUAUAACAUCUUCAAUACAUGCCCCAUUUGUUAUACGAUCUUUUGCUUCAAUGCCUUAUACGACAAGGCUUUUUAUGCUGGCUUGCUGGCCUCCGGCAUUUAUUGUUAUGCUUAUGAUGUGGGCAUGGUCUAAGACCUUCUUGAUCUCUUUCUAUAAUCUCAGAGGCAGGUUGCAUGAAACAUGGAGUGUUCCAAGAUUCGGCUUUCAGUAUUUCUUGCCAUUUGCUAAAGAGGGUAUCAAUAAGCACAUAGAAGAGGCCAUUCUUAGGGCUAACAGGCUCGGGGUCAAGGUCAUUAGCCUCGCUGCGUUGAACAAGACCUGGAUCGUGGGGAAGUGGAUCACACCAGGGGAGCAAAGUUGGGCCCCGACAGGAACACAUUUCCAUCAAUUUGUGGUGCCCCCCAUUUUGUCCUUCAGAAGAGACUGCACUUACGGUGAUCUUGCUGCCAUGAGACUACCUGAUGAAGUUCAAGGGCUUGGAAAUUGCGAGUACACCAUGGACAGAGGAGUAGUCCACGCAUGCCAUGCAGGCGGGGUGGUUCACCUGCUGGAAGGCUGGGCUCACCAUGAAGUUGGGGCCAUUGAUGUUGACAGAAUCGAUCUGGUUUGGAAUGCUGCAUUGAAGCAUGGCUUGAAACCGGUCUCCAAUGGUGUCCCCAGACAAAAUUCAAUGUGAAUGCAUGCCUUCUUGCGAAGAAACAAAGGAUUUGCUCGCAACAACAAAUAUUCCUUUGUUUUCUUUACAUUAAAUUUAACUGUAACAAACGAAAGUUGUUUCAAGUUGCAAUUCAAAUGCGAUAUAUUGUGACAUAUAUAUAUGUCCCACCAGAGAUUCUUCAAUGAGAGUACCCAGGAACUCUACCAUUAUCUUAUUCUUCUU